CGUUUGGACGCCAUUCGAGACAUUCAUCCGUCGGUUAGAGUUAUUGAGAGACACAUCGAGAAUGUGUUCCAACACUGGAGACAACGGAUAGGAAUUCCUAAAAAGGAUGACUCGAAAGCACUGAUACGUCCUGUGAUUUUGCGUAAAAGACGCGAACGCGUGAAGUCGACCUCUAAUUGGGAUUUAUUGUACUACCAGUUCCUCAAAGAUCACUCCAAACCGGAUCUCAUCUGGAAUUACAAGACUAGAGAAGAAUUGCGCGAUUCGUUGGAGAAUGAGAUGAGAAUAUUCGUGUCCGACAAAGAGUUGUGCGGAAAUCAGUCCAUCUCUUGGAAUCACAACGAAUUCGAAGUCCAAUACCCCUCUCUUAACGAAGAGAUCAAAAUCGGUUUCUAUUACCUGAGACUACUUCUCGAAGAGGACAGCGCCAGCGGUGAAACCAAUCUCACCGACAGACUCUUCAUUAAGAAUCCCAACGAGUUCUUCAGUGAUCUCUACCAUCGGUUCUUAUUGACCACAAAGUCAACGAUGAAAGGCUGUUGUCUUCAGGCGAUGUCUAUAGUCUACUGCGCGUACAGCGAAGAUAUCGGUGCCUUCAAUGACACAAAGUUUAUAGUCUCGAUGCUGGAGAGGACUUCCGAUAAGACAGAAAGGGAUCGACUCUUGAUUUUCAUAUCAAAACUUAUUGUCAACAAACGUAACGCCAAAGAAUUCGUGGACUCUGGAGGUGUUCGAGUUUUGAUCGAUUUGCUCACAUUAGCACACCUUCACAUCAAUAGGGCUACUGUUCCCACACAAACCAAUGUGAUCGAAGCGUCGCCAGAGAUCAUGGCUAUGGGCUCAUCAGAGAAGGAGUGGUAUAUCGGGGACGCGGAACGCGAAAAGAAGGGUCCCUUCAGUUUUGCUGAGAUUAAAGAACUUUGGGCUAAGAAUACAGUGAUUAGUCCGAAGACAAAGUGUUGGGCCCAGGGGUUGGAGGGCUGGAAACCGUUGAUACACAUCCCGCAACUCAAGUGGACACUAAUCGCAUCGAAUAAUCCGAUUCUGAAUGAAAGCGAACUCUCAAUACUUAUACUAAACAUUUUGAUCAAAAUCUGUGAAUUAUAUCCGAGUCGUGACGGCGACAACGCUAUCGUCCGACCGCUGCCUAAAGUGAAGCGAAUUCUGUCCGAAGGGACAGUUUUGCCACACAUUGUCCAACUGUUGCUGACCUUUGACCCGACAAUUGUCGAACGAGUGGCCACAUUGUUAUCGCUGGUAAUGCAGGACAACCCACUGCUGCCCCGACUCUACCAAACGGGACUCUUUUACUUCAUCCUAAUGUACACCGGAUCUAAUCUGUUGCCAAUCGGACGUCUCCUACACAUCAGUCACGGGGUGCAGGCGUUCAAAGCGGACGACAGCUCAGCCAACGCGUCGAUUCUGCAGCGCUCGGUAUUGGGACAGCUGUUGCCCGAAGCCAUGAUCUGCUACCUCGAGAACUACGGCCCCGAAAAGUUCGCGCAAAUAUUUUUGGGUGAAUUCGAUACCCCGGAAGCCAUUUGGAGUACAGAAAUGAGACGACUUAUGAUCGAAAAGAUUGCUUCACAUAUCGCCGACUUUAGUCCCAGACUCCGGUCCAAUACCCGGGCGUUGUAUCAAUACCUACCGAUACCUCCCAUACAAUACCCUCAGCUCGAGUUCGAGCUCUUCUGUAAUAUAUAUUACUUGAAAAACUUAUGUGAUAUCCAACGGUUCCCCGAGUGGACCAUCAAAGACCCGGUGCAGCUCUUGCGGGAUGUGCUCGACCUCUGGAAAGUGGAGAUCGAGAAGAAACCCAACUCUAUGUCCGUUGAGGACGCGUUCGCAGUGUUAGGUUUGGGUCGACUGCAGGCCGAGGGCCAGGAAUUUGACGAGAACUCCAUCCGGAAGGCAUACUUCAAAUUGGCCCAAAAGUAUCAUCCGGAUAAGAACCCGGAGGGCAGGGAUCGGUUCGAGGAAGUGAACAAAGCAUAUGAGUUCCUGUGCAGCAAAAGUGCACGUAAUAAGUGCAACGGACCCGACCCUCAGAACAUUACUCUUAUACUGAAAGCCCAGUCCAUUCUCUUCAGCCGCUACUCCGAGCCCUUACAUCCAUACAAAUACUCGGGAUAUCCGAUGCUUAUAAAGACACUGCAAUUGGAGACAUACGACGAACAGCUCUUCUCGAAGCCGUACCCACUGUUGCCCAACGCCUGCGAAACAGCCUUUUAUACCGUCAACUGUUCGGCGCUCAACGCUGAAGAGCUUCGACGCAACGGCGGACUCGAGAUUCUUCGCGACGCCUUCACUCGGUGUGUGUCCGUACUGUCGGCCUCUUCCAAGUUGACAGACGUCUCAGUGGAGGUAUGCGUUCACAUCGUCCGGUGCUUUACAGUGAGCGCGUCGUUCCCGGCCUGUCGUCAGAGGCUGUCGGAGAUGCCGUCCGUCACCAAAGAUCUCUGUCGUAUACUUUAUUACAGAAAUGUGACGAAACUGUGUUUAUGGGCCGUCGACUGUGUGGCCGCCUUCUCGGCCGACCCCAACCUUCAGCUCCAACUCUUCAAAUCGGGCGCUCUCUUCAGUCUAUUAUUGUUUUUAUUCAAAUACGACUUCACGUUAGAAGAGGGAGGCGUCGAGUCGAGCGAGGAGUCUAACCAACAGGAAGUGGCGAACCAAUUGGCGAAAUCAAGUUUAGUGGGCGCCGCCCGACUCGCCGAAGACCUGUCCUCCAAGACUGAAGGCCUCGACUCGCAGUUAUAUCCGUUGAUACGCCGAUCGACGCUCUGUCUGUUGACCCCGUAUUUGGUGCGACAGUUGGGACUCACGAGUACUACCGAUGUACUGAAGACGUUGAAUAGUAAUAUCGAGAACCCGUACCUCAUUUGGGAUAACUCUACCAGAGCUGAGCUCACAGACUACUUGGAGACACAACAAAGGGAGACAAUGAGAAGCGGCGAAUGUCCCGAUCCUUCCUAUGGCUCCACAUUUGAGUUCUCCAGUCAUAAGGAAGAGCUGAUUGUCGGCGAGAUAUUUGUCCGCAUAUACAACGAACAGCCAAUGUUUCCCUUAGAAAACGCCAAAGGAUUCACAAUCGAUUUGAUCGACUACUUGGGCUCUCAGGCCCAGUACCUCCAGUCGGCGCUUAAUCUGGUGUCAAACUCUACGGGAAGUGUAAACAGCGAUCGCAUGAAUAACAUUAAGAUGUGUUUAUUAGCUCUCAAUAACGUUAUCGUUCACAACAACGGCGUUGAGUUGCAAUGCAUCGGACACUUCAAACUGUUGUUCAGUUUACUCCGUUUGGAUCAGAUGUCAGACCUGCAGACACAGGCCGUCAACGUGAUCGCCAGUGUCUCCGGCAAUCAGGAGUGCGUUCAGGACAUCGCGUCAUCCGAAGUGUUGGUCUAUUUACUAAUGGUUUUGCGUCCGACUCAACAAACCACUGAGUUUGCCAAACAGUUGGCCGUAUUGACAGCACUAACACCUCUUAUGUUUAACACACGACUCAUUAAAGAGGCGCUAAGUAAGGGUGCGAUCCUAUAUCUACUCACUCUAUACACCAGUUCCACGAAUUUCGAGGUCAGAGAGAAGUCGGCAGAACUGUUGUCCAAAAUGACGAGCGAUAAGCUGAAUGGACCCCGAAUUAAGUUAGUUUUGACCAAAUUCUUGCCCUCACUAUUCAUCGACGCCAUGAAAGACUCGCCCCAAACAUCUGUCCAUCUGUUUGACGGCACCCAAGAGAACCCGGAGCUUAUAUGGAACGACUCCGCCCGCGAUUGUGUCUCUCAGACACUGAACCGAAUGUGCGAACAGUUAUACAACGAGCAGACGAACAACCCGUCCUCUGUCUGGAAGAUUGACAACGAUUUUGAGGUGAAACUGCCCGUCGGUUUCGGCGAAUUCGUCAUCGCAGGGGUUUAUCUGCGGCUAUACGUUCAGAACCCCAGUUGGGUUGUCCGUAAGCCCAGGGAAUUCCUCACAGAGUUGUUGGACAGCGCGAAGAUUCUGAUGGAAAAGGAGGAGUCCACUCAGGUCGAUAAGUUAGAUCUCGUGACACACGCCGUCACCUGUCUAUUGCAGGCGCAGACGGCACUCCUGGACUCGGUUCCAGCCAUGGGUCACAUCCAGUCAUUUGUUAAUAACUUAUCGAAUCGACGCCACGAAUGCAUUCCUCGAAGUUGUCUUCAUAUUCUACGACAAUUCACGGAAAACCGGACGUGUAUUGAGUCGAUGAUUGGCUGCAAGUAUCUGUUGACACAAAUAUUCUUCGUCAUCAAAACAUAUGAGACAUUAACGGACAUCUCGUGCGAGACGUUGAGUAAAUUGUUUCAAAUCGAUACCAUCGAUGAAUUGGUGAAUCAGGCGAUUAAGACUGAGCUGAUUCACCAUCUGUUGAAACUGUUGGACUCCAACCAAUCACAACACACGAGUUCAACGAAAGCACAAGUCGUCCAAAUACUGAAGCAUAUGCUGAAGAGCGGCGCUUAUGGACAACAAGUGAACGAACUUUUGGACAAAUCGAUGGUUUGGUCCGAAUUUAGGGAUCAAAAGCACGACUUAUUUAUUAGUAACUCUCAAAUCGCUGGAUAUCUAACCGGUCCAACCGUUCAAACGGCCGGUUACCUGACACAGGGCUCAUCAGUGAACGCCAUGCCAUCCUCUCCGCCACCCCUUUAAAAGCAAUCAAUUACUCUCUGAAAGCCUUUUUCUAAUUCUUUUAAAAACACUGUAUUUUAAGCGCCGUUUAUCGCGAAAUUGUAUGAAAGCUGUUAUUAAGAAAAUUAUCUCUCCUUUUAAUAUAUUUAUAAAUAAUAUAUAUAUUUGUUAUUUAAUAAAUUGAUUAUUAUAUUUAUAAUU